UUCCGGUGGGUCACAGUUCAACACAGUCAGAGCAAAGAUGGCGUCGCUGAGUGACAAAUCAGUUUGGGACGAAGUGGAGGAUGGAAUCGGCGAAGAAGUUUUAAAAAUGUCCACGGAGGAGAUAGUUCAACGGACUCGUCUACUCGACAGCGAAAUAAAGAUAAUGAAGAGCGAGGUGCUGCGUGUGACCCACGAGCUGCAGGCCAUGAAGGAUAAAAUCAAAGAAAACACGGAGAAGAUAAAGGUGAACAAAACCCUGCCGUAUCUCGUGUCUAAUGUGAUCGAGCUGCUGGACGUGGACCCCAACGACCAGGAGGAGGACGGGGCUAAUGUGGACCUGGACUCUCAAAGGAAAGGAAAGUGCGCCGUCAUUAAGACCUCCACUCGACAGACCUACUUCCUGCCCGUGAUCGGGCUGGUGGACGCCGAGAAGCUGAAGCCUGGAGACCUGGUUGGUGUCAACAAAGACUCCUACCUGAUCCUGGAGACCUUGCCCACCGAGUAUGACUCCAGAGUCAAGGCUAUGGAGGUGGAUGAGCGCCCCACGGAGCAGUACAGCGACAUAGGAGGGCUGGACAAGCAGAUCCAGGAGCUCGUGGAGGCCAUCGUCCUGCCCAUGAACCACAAGGAGAAGUUUGAAAACCUUGGCAUCCAGCCACCCAAAGGAGUUCUGAUGUACGGUCCACCUGGUACUGGGAAGACCCUCCUGGCCAGGGCCUGUGCCGCUCAGACCAAGGCCACCUUCCUGAAGCUUGCCGGUCCACAGCUGGUCCAGAUGUUUAUUGGCGAUGGAGCCAAGCUGGUGAGGGACGCCUUCGCUCUGGCCAAAGAGAAAGCGCCAUCCAUCAUCUUCAUCGAUGAGCUGGACGCCAUCGGGACCAAGAGGUUUGACAGCGAGAAGGCAGGAGACCGAGAGGUGCAGAGGACCAUGCUGGAGCUGCUCAACCAGCUGGAUGGAUUUCAGCCCAACAUGCAGGUCAAGGUGAUCGCCGCCACCAACCGGGUGGACAUCUUGGACCCUGCGCUGCUGCGUUCAGGUCGCCUGGACAGAAAGAUUGAGUUCCCCAUGCCAAACGAAGAGGCCAGAGCUCGCAUCAUGCAGAUCCACUCCCGCAAGAUGAACGUCAGCCCAGACGUCAACUACGAGGAGCUGGCUCGCUGCACCGACGACUUCAACGGAGCGCAGUGCAAGGCGGUGUGCGUGGAGGCCGGCAUGAUUGCGCUGCGCCGCGGGGCCACAGAGCUCAACCAUGAAGAUUACAUGGAGGGAAUCCUGGAAGUUCAGGCCAAGAAGAAGGCCAACCUUCAGUACUACGCCUGAGGACACUGUGUGUGUGUCCUUGUUUGUUUGUGAGGGAGUCUUUGAUUAUUCAAACAAUUGGGUAAACGCGUGUUACAGUUGCUGAUUAAUAAAAAAGGAAUACAAUUGGAAGUUUGUGUUUUUUCUUCCUGCUCAGGGCAGUUUGUGUUUUCACUCUUUAAGGUGGGGAAGAAUAAAGGCAACAAUGUCAGUCCAGUCUAUUGGUCUGGAAUUUGUAUGUAGAGUGAUUGAGAAAAAUAUCUAAUGAUAAAGGCAAUUUUAUUGGUGGGCAUUUUGUAUAGAUAUUUAGCUUAAAUCUCAUUUUCAUUCACAUUAUUUGUUCCAUUUGUGUGCUAGUUCCAGAGUCCUGCUGUGGACACUAGCUGUAUCCCAAACAUUUAUUCAUUCAUCAUACUAAGCACAUUGUUUUAGCAGUUACUUAGAAAUAUCAACUGUAUGUACCAUUUUAUACACAAUGCAUGUGAGGUGAAAGGUCAGUCACUACUUUGAAAAGCCAAUUUGACCUAACAAAUACAUUAAAAUGACUUCAGUGGAUUGAA